ACACUAUUAAUGUUAUUGUUAAAAAUGGGUGAAUGCACGUGGAUUCUAUGAAGAGAGCUCGUGUAAGCUCGGUGUAUGAAGGUAAAGAGGGAAAUAGAUCGAGAAAAGGAGAGGAAACUCGAAGAGAUCAAUCUAAACACGCGAGAAUGACCGCGAAAGCUCGAAUGAACGUUCACAAAGAGAGCAUGAAAUCUCUGCCUAAACAUAAAAAAUCGAUGAUGAUCAUGAAGUUGAUGAGAAAGAAGGAUGAGAUGCAAAAUGAUCAAAGUAAUGUUAUUGCUAGUGUUGUAGAAAAGGAAAAGGAGGAGAAAGAGAAAGGCGCGGUGGAGAAUAUCAAGGAAAAGAUGGAAAUGCUCUCUACAAAAUGUGUUGAGGAGUGGCCGUAUAAGUUAACAUAUGAAGAGGAAUGGACGUGGUUUGCGUUUGCGUUUGGGUGGGAAUGGUGGCAGCGUUAUGACGCGGUCAUGAGCGGUGAGAGUUGGUUUAACUAAAGAUUAAGGGUUUUAAUUUGUUACAUAUAUUUUGGGUUGGUGAAACUAUACAUAGAUAAUAGUUGAUACUUUGAUAGGAUUUCUUAAGAUCGACGAAGAUAUUAAGAAAUCAGUGUAUAUCGACCGAGACAAUAAUAUAUCUUUAAA